ACAGUCAGAGAGAGAGGAAGAGAGAGUCAGUCAGAUGGGAUGGAACCCCUGGACACACCUGACACUGCAAGGAUUUGCAGGUUCAUCCAUUUCCUCCCCCAGAGUUAGAAAAGAGAGAUCUUCUUUCGAAGAUGGAUAGGGCUGCAUUUUCAACAUGAUAACUGUAUGUUAGAGGCAGUCAAUUUCUGCUGAAUAAUUCAUUAAAAGAACAGAUUUACCAUUAGUGUAAAAAAAUCAGUUACCUCUGAGUGAACAGAUGAAGGAUAGAUCUUCACAUUUAGAUAAAUUACCCUUCCGACUACAUCUUGAAACCUCUGCACACAUUACAAAAUGGCCUGCAAAAAUAGGAAGGCAUGGCAGGCUACCCUCAGCCUUUGUACCGCUCACUUCAAAGGCGAGCGGACGCCUAUCAGACAACACUAAAGAGGAUAAAUGCCAGAGCUUCCUCAGAGGGCAGAGAAAAUCAAUACGUAAUGACACCGCUGCUGCAUAGGCAGGCUCAUUCGCACAUUAGCGGAGCUUGUCUGUGGAGCGUAAUGGAGUAAUGGACAGGGCAUGUCCUGCUUUGGCUUCCCCGCUGGGCGUAGGUCGCCGGACGGGAUGGGGAACGGGUCCGUGAAGCCGAAGCAGCUGAAGCAGCCGGACGGGACGGCGGCGGGCCUCUCGGGAGGGGGCGGAGGCGGCAGGCUGAGCUCCAAAAACGCGGCGGAGCUCCUGAGGGCCCGGGUGGCCGAGCUGGAGAAGGAGGCGAGGAGGAAGGACGAGGAGCUGGGCGAGAAGGAGCAGCGCAUCCGGGCUCUGCAGGAGCAGCUGGCCCGGCAGACCAAGGCCGUCGGCGAGCUGACCGAGGAGCUGCGCGGCAAGACCGCGCAGAUAGGCAAGCUGCAGGACGUGGUCAGGACGCAGGGCGGGGCGGGCAUCCACCCCUCUCCCCUCAAGGCCAAGUUCAACCAGCAUAUGGGCGGCCUGAUCAGGGACACCCUGAAUCGGAGGAAAGGGGCCAAGGCAGGGGUGUCUGCCGAGCCCACCUCCAGAACCUACGGCUCCGGGAGUCAGCCCAAGUUCUCCUUCGAGAAGGCCAGGGUCUGGAAGGACUCGAGCACAAAGAAACUCAUCAUUGACGCCCUCUAUAAGAACCAGUUCCUGAAGAGGCUUGAGCCGCAGCAGAUAAAGGACAUAGUGGAGUGCAUGUACGAGAGAAGCUUCCAGAAGGGAGAUUACGUCAUCAAGCAGGGAGAGCCGGGGAAUCACCUGUUUGUGCUGGCAGAUGGGCAGCUGGAUGUCUUUCAACAGAGCAAAUUGUUAACUACAAUAGCUGUCUGGACAGCAUUCGGUGAAUUGGCAAUAUUGUACAACUGUACACGGACUGCUUCAGUAAGAGCGGUCAGCCCGGUGAAGACAUGGGCUCUGGACCGGGAGGUGUUCCAGAACAUCAUGAGGGUGACCGCAGAGACCCGGCACGAGCAGUACCGCAGCUUCCUCAGGAGUGUCUCAUUAUUGGCAAGACUACCAGAGGACAAGCUAAAUAAGAUUGUGGACUGCUUAGAAAUGGAAUAUUAUGACAAAGGCGAUUAUGUCAUCAGAGAGGGAGAAGAAGGAAGCACGUUCUACAUCAUCGCCAAAGGAAAGAUUAAAGUCACUCAGAGCACAGAGGGUCAUGAGGAACCUCAGACUAUAAAGACCCUGCGGAAAGGUGACUACUUUGGGGAGAAGGCCCUCAUCAGUGAUGAUGUCAGGUCAGCCAACAUAAUUGCGGACGAAGACGACGUGGAGUGCCUUGUUAUUGAUCGAGAGACCUUCAGUCAAACUGUUGGGACUUUCAGUGAACUUCAGAAGUACCUCCAAGGCUACGUGAAUAAUCUCGCCCGCGACGACGAGAAGAGACAUGCAAAGAGGUCGACGGGCACGCACCUGACCCCGCCCUUAUCCGUGGAACUCAUCCACUUGAAGGAGCGGGUCUCCGCCUUCUCCUCGGACGCGCCCUUCGACAGCCUGGAGGUCGUGGCCACGCUCGGGGUGGGAGGCUUCGGAAGGGUGGAGCUGGUUAAGGUUAAAAAUGAAGACGUGACCUUCGCCUUGAAGUGCAUCAAAAAGAAACACAUUGUGGACACUAGACAGGAAGAGCACAUCCACUCAGAGAGGAGGAUCCUGGCUGAAGCCACCUCCCCUUUCAUCGUAAAGUUGUACCGUACCUUUAAGGACACCAAGUAUGUGUACAUGCUGCUUGAGGCUUGCCUUGGUGGGGAGAUCUGGAGCCUGCUCCGAGACAGGGGGAGCUUUGAUGAAAAUACGGCUAAGUUCUGUGUGGGCUGUGUGACCGAGGCUUUCGACUACCUUCAUCGCAACGGUGUCCUCUACAGAGACCUCAAACCGGAGAAUCUCAUGCUGGACGCAGAGGGUUAUAUUAAACUGGUGGACUUUGGCUUCGCCAAGAAGAUCGGGUGCGGGCAGAAGACGUGGACUUUCUGCGGGACCCCCGAAUACGUGGCCCCUGAGAUCAUUCUCAACAAAGGCCACGACAUCAGUGUGGACUUCUGGUCCCUGGGCAUCCUGGUCUUUGAGCUGCUCACGGGCAACCCCCCUUUCACUGGGACAGACCAGAUGAUGACGUACACCUUAAUCCUGAAAGGCAUUGAGAAGAUGGAGAUCCCCAAGAGGAUCACGAGGAGGCCUGAGGACCUGAUCCGAAAACUGUGCCGGCAAAAUCCAGCCGAACGCCUGGGAAACCUCAAAAAUGGAAUAACAGAUAUCAAGAAGCACAGGUGGUUCAACGGCUUCAACUGGGAGGGGCUGAAAGUCAGGAAGCUCAAAUCUCCCCUGAAGAGAGAGCUGAGCGGUCCCACAGACCACGGUUACUUUGACCGCUACCCUCCCGAUGAGGACACCCCUCCGGACGAGAUGUCCGGGUGGGACGCGGACUUCUGAUCGCCAACCCUCGCUGAACCCCUUACCUCCGAGAACAAACCUCCGAAACCUCGCCCCGUGCGGCGGCCUGCACCAGUAGCUAACCCAGCUGCCCUUCGAACGUCAGCGAGCGCCGCCGAGUGGGAUGGGCAUCCGUGCCACCGCCACGCUCCGGUCAGACCAAGAUCCCGUCCGAUAAGAACGUCUUGCACCGGCGAUGUUCGGCCACCGGGAGCGCCAUCGCUCCAGCGUCUGGAUGAUGGAUCUCAGCCGGCUCUCCCCUGUCCCAACCCACCUCCAGCUAACCCGCCCGACAGCGCAUGAAUCACUGCUCGGAGGGAGCGGCAAAUAUUAACUCCAAAUACGUCCCCCUCCACGUGAGUUAUGAACUGUGAGUGUCACGGAGGAUUGUACGCAACCAGAGGUAAUAUUUAUCUUUCGGCCCGAGAGUACAUUUUGCGGUUGGGGAGAAAAGGCGGUUGCCCUGAAUGGCUGAGGUGUCGAUGAUGUAUGAGAUUUUAACACUUUCAAAUGCGUAUGAACCACCUGUAGCUGUGCAAGUGAUUUACGAGGUCGUAGCAGUCUACCUCCAGAAAGGAGUCCAAGUGCAUUUCCUUCAUUUCACUAUGAACUGUAAGAAUAUUUUGUGUGUGUAUAUUUUGUAUUGGUGGAUCUUUUCUUUUUAAAUAUAUGCAAAAUGAAAAUAGUUAAGCCUUUGAGGACUUUGCUUCUUCAUUACUAAAGAGAACAAAUCAUCUGUUGUGUGAUUAAGAAGAUAUUUUUCUGUAAUACAGUGUCAAUCUCUUCAGGUAGCCAAAGUUAACCUGUGGAUUUCUGUAGAACAGAAGGUGUGGAUAAAUAAUAUUGAACGUGAAAGAAGUGCCAGAUUGUAGAGAUUCAAUAAAAAUACAGUUUUCACGCCAAUGCAUUAUUGUUGCUACAAGAAAAAAAUAUGGAGUCGUGGUAAAAUGAUAGAGCACCUACUAGGUCUGACCUGCCCCACCAUACCAUCGUUGACAAGUGUAAUAAACUGUAAUAUUUAAUGAAAGAAGAAAGGUUUAAUCAGUGCUUUUGUAUACCUUGCCAUGUGAAUUGUUAGAAAUUGAAUAAAGUGUAAAUACAACUGGAGUAAAACAAAUAGUUCUUAUUGUUUGUCAUACUAUGUGUGAAUAUAAAUACUGUAUGUGCUGAAAGCCAGUUAGGCAAAAGGAGCUUGAAUAUGCUGAAGAACUGGAUGCAUUCACUCAAAGUCAGAAGGUAUAUUUUGUUAAUGUGUAAGUGCAGUUAAAAAUGUUUUUUACCUUGUAAUUUGUAAACAUCCUUGCAGAUGUGUCAUACCUUUGACCAUAAACUGUAAUAUGUUUGUGUUUUGCAGCUAUGAUAUAUAUUAAAAUAUUUUGGUCCAUUUGA